ACCAACCAUUUGCAGCUGCUUGGGGUACAGCAAUAUUUACUAAAUGAUCAAAAUUCGACAUGAAGCUUGACCUGUACAUGUCAAUAUGUGACAAAUAUCUCUCGAAAUUCGGUGCCUCGAAGAUAGUCGAGAAAGUCAAGACACAAAGUAUAUGGUUUCUGAAAGAAUCGUCCUUGCCACAAUGUGAUGGGGUCGUCAACGCUCAGAUCUAGAGAGAAGGUGCAAUCUCUUCGUGAACUCCCUCGACUCUCUCUCUCUCUGCUGUAACUGGUAAGCUGCAUCCCUGAGCGUGAUUAACGCUAGAGAAGACGAGAGAAUUAUCGACCAAGUUGAUCAAACAUGCUGAUACUCUGCAUCUUGUCAUCCUUCUGACCACUGAGGCCGGACGCCCGAAACUCACUGGCGGCGAGCCCACGGGUGUAAAAGUACGCCAUGAAGGACCUAAAACACUUGUACCAGUAAAGAAAGUAGUUGCAGGAGAUGAACAAGAAGAGCCUUCUUUGGAAGUCACGCUCCCGCUUAUAAGGAAGGACGCCGUAGGAGACUUUUGUUGUGACAGUAUCCACGAGUACCGGAAGUCACAGUCCAGGGCCAAGGCAGAUGUUCGAGCUUAAAGGGUCCUUUCUGGAGGCUGAGUCCAAGAAAACGGCAACCAUUCCAUGCUCGCUGACGAGCUUCCUUCGUAGCACAAAUCGGACGAAUUCACCGAGUCCCGCCCCAGCUGCUGACUUUUAGCCUGUCCGAUCAAGCGGGCUGUUCCUCAUCUAAGGGGAUCGUCACUGCUCUUCUCGGUCUUUACCAUCGUUCUAAGCGGAUGUUCGACAUCCCAGCGCCUUGUUUACAAUAGUUCGGACAAGUGCAGUGGUCCACUACAGCUCCGUACAUUCAUUGACUCAUUCUAGAAGAUGACAUCUUUUCUCUUCGUGAGUCGUCUCUUGAUAGCUCGGCGCUCUUUGGCAUGGUGCCUCGGACUCGUUCAGUAGAAUGUCUUCAUUCUAGAUACACCUGAACGGAAUUCAUGCACAACGGAACGAGAUUCAAUCUUCGACAACCAUCUUGUAGAAUGCUUCCCGGCAAGCUUUUUCAUGUUGUCACACUGAUCGGAGUUUUGAUUAUGCAGUGUAGAAAUUCAAGGGUAGAUGCAAAUUUUACGAUGGGAACCAUGGAUUCGCCUUUCGACUGUAGCGAGGACGGAAAUUUAUGGUGUGAAGGAACGGCCAGUACAGAAGAUGGUAAUUUGGUUCUCACUGAUUUUCAAGAGUCUCAGGGAUUGGUUUUGAGGAGGGAUCCCAUCAUUCUGCUGCAGAAUGGGACUGGUCGAUGGGAUUCUUUCAGAACUUCCUUCCGCUUUACAAUGAAACCCGGUGGCGAUGGCAUUUCUACUUUCAAUGGCGAUGGGAUGGCGCUUGUGAUGCUCAAUGUUUCGCAAUACGAUAGACGCAUGGGAGGCUCUUUCGUCGUGUACGGGAAUGAGAACGUGCCCCAAGUCAAAACUCUGGCAGUCGAGUUCGACACAUAUUGGAAUGCGGAAGAUGAAGACGACGGUGAUAACCACGUCGGAGUGGACACGGACAGUCGGAUUUCGAAAGUGGCGAGGGACGCAUCAGAAGUGAACGUCGAGCUUCUGGGAAAUCGAACAUUGUUCGCUUGGGUGGACUUCGACUCACCGACGAACAUGUUGGAGGUGAGACUAAGUUACAACUACUCCAAACCUGGGCGAGCCUUAUUAUCUUACGAGGCGAACCUCUCCGAUAUCUUCGGUCGAGAUCCCGAAGUGUACUUCGGGUUUUCAGCAUCAAACGGAUUGCCUGUAGGAGGACAACAUUCUGUCAUGGAGUGGAAGUUCGAGUCGUUUCCUGCAAAGUUUGGCGACUUAGAGCUGAACGAGACUCCUGCAUCAGCUCCUGCUGAAUCAUCUGGAAACUGGAAGAAGGUGGCCCUCAAUGCAUCACUGGGAACCUUAGGUGCAGUCGUUCUGCUUUCAAUCUUGGUAUUCCUGGUGUGGAAACGGAUUCGAAGGUCGACCCCUGAGUCCGCAGACUCUGGAACGAGAGCCUUGGCACCUGCAGCAAUCCUUCUCGAAGAUACGUCUGCCACAGUCCGGUACACGUACGACCAACUGAAAAAGGCCACUCUCCACUUCUCAGACAGGAACAAACUUGGUCAGGGAGGAUUCGGAAGUGUGUACAAAGGCCUUCUGCCGACGACAGGCCAGAUGGUGGCCGUGAAGAAAGUGAGUAAGGCCUCGAGGCAAGGCGACCGAGAGUUUGCGGCUGAAGUUUCCAUCAUCAGCCACCUCCGGCACCGAAACAUCGUUAGACUUCUGGGCUGGUGCAGACACAGAGCUCAGUUGCUUCUGGUGUACGAGUACAUGCCGAAUGGAAGUCUCGACAAGGCUCUUUUCGAGCCCACCCAAGAGUCGGUGCUGUCGUGGAAUGUCAGAUUCCAAAUCAUCACAGGUGCUGCGGAGGCUUUGUGCUAUCUUCACGAGGGCUCUCGCCAGAAGGUGAUCCACAGGGAUUUCAAGCCCAGUAACAUAUUACUCGACGAGGAUUACAAUGCCAUGUUGGGGGAUUUCGGCCUGGCUCGCAUGGUGGAUCGUCACAAGAGUCUUGCCACCACUCUGCUGGCCGGAACGUACGGCUACAUCGCUCCGGAAACACCUUCCACGGGCAAGUUUACGCAGAAGACGGACGUGUUCGCAUUCGGAGCCGUGGCCCUGGAAGUUGCUUGCGGAAAAGUGGCUUACAGUGCUCAGCGUCCGCACGAGGAAAGGCUGCUCGUAGAUUGUGUGUGGAGAGCCUUCACCGAUGGAAGGCUGAUGAGCGUCGUGGAUCCGAGACUGGCAGGCAAUUACGACCCGGAGAAAAUGGAAACCUUGCUUCUUCUGGGGCUGUUGUGCUCGCAUCGGUCACCUGAAGAGCGGCCUUCAAUGCGAAGAGUGGUGGAGAUUUUAGCAGGAAGUGUACAACUGCCCCCGAUCCCGACGUCCAUCUAUGUAUAUAACGAGCAUAGUCAAUUUCGAUUUAAAUCUGUGGCCUACUCAUCGUCAUUGUCUAGUAUGUGGGACAGUCACUCCGAUUCCUUCAAGAGAGAUGCAGAUUCAACGUCCUUCUCUUUCUCCCAUUCUUUUUCGCGCUCGAUACCCUCCACCGGGCAUUCAGGCUAUGACCUUCACGUUCAAGGCAGCGGCAGAGCUCUCGCUCAAUCAGCUGUAGAAGAGGCUGCUUAGCUAGGACGUGGUUGCUGUGAGUGUGAAUUUUAUAUGCAAGUUGGGCCGACUCCGAUUGGAUAUGGAGCUGUAAAUACAAACUGGUGUACAUAGACAUGUUGACAAGGUUGUACUUUAAUGGGGAUUUAUCCACGAUGACUCACCGUGAUGUUUUGGG